CUUUUUCUCGCUAUGGUUCUUUCUGUUUGUCUUCCUUCAGGAGGGACUAAGUGCGUGGAUAUCUCCAUCCCACGCAUGAUAUAGCUUUCUAUUCUGCUUUCUUUCCAUUUCGUCGGUCCAUCUAUCUCGUUCCCUUGUACACAUAGUAACCAAGAUGGAUAUGUCCCAUCUCCAUACGCGACACCGAGACGGAACCCUAGAAGCAUUCCCCCACGAACCCAUCUCCAUCCUCGCCCCCUUUUCCGCGCUCAUCAUCUCCAUUGUCCUCGUCGUCCUCUUCCUGAUCAGAUACUAUGUCCUUGAGGGCUUCCUCAUCGAAUGCCUCUACGGCCGCAUCUACACAGACCUGACUGAUGUCAACCGCCGCGGAUUCAUCAACCACCACAUUGCCGGUACCACCAAGAUCAUCAUCCUGGUCGUGGCGGCGUACCCGUUCAUCGACGUCACUUUUGGCGAUGCCACCUUCCACACGCCCUAUGUCAAGGGCUCUGUCGUGACGCUGGGCGAUAUCCUGGUUGUCGUGGCCCAGAUGCUCAUCGCUAUGUAUAUCUUUGAGCUUCUGUACCGCGUGAAGUUGUCUCCUGUGGCCGUGCUGCACCAUAUCGGCACUAUUCUCAUCGGGCAGACCGCGAUUGCGAUCAGUUUGCGGUUGGAUCGGGAGCCGGAUGCGGAUUAUGAGUUUGUCCUUUGCACUGUUUGGGGCGCCUUCGACAUCGUCUCCGAAUUCUUCCCCCACAUCGCCAUCAUCCUCUACCGCAUCUUUCCCGGACGACACUCCUUCCUCAGCCGCGUCUUCCUCUUCUCCUGCAUCACCACGGCAGCGGGAACAGCUGCCGAAACCAUCGUGACCAUGUACCUCUUCGGCAGCCUGUGGUCGAAAUGGCAGCUCGCGUUCAAAAUCACCACGCCGCUUUUGCAUCUGGCUUUCUCUGUAGCGCAGGUGCACGGAAGCCUUGUCUUCUGGCGCAUGUAUAAGCGACAGGAUCGGUUGAUGGUGGGGGAGUGCGAUGCGGAGCGUGCGGGGAGGCCGGAGGGGGAUUACACCGAGCAUGAGGUUGAGAUGGCCGUUCAGUCUGACGGGGAGAUCCGGAAGGUUGCGCCGGCUGUUUUGAGACGAUGGUGAUUAUUGA